AUGAUGACGUUGGCAGUAAUGUUCGGCGUGACAGAGGCGGGCAUUUCUCAGUUCCUAAAGCGUCAGAAAGCUCAAGAUGGCUCUACUAACAGCCAACGCAUUGGAAGACCACGUGUCACUGAUCGUAAUGACGAUAGGAACAUUUUGAAGACGUCUAGAACCAAUCCAAGACUCACCGCCCCUGCGAUCAGACGGGAAGUUUUCUUGAAUUCGCCAUCUCCGCCAUCCGUCUCGACCGUGAAACGACGUCUAAAUGCUGCUGGAAUCAUGGGAAGACGUCCAGUGAAGAAACCGCUGAUUUCUGAAAAGAAUCGAGCCGCCAGGGUGAAGUGGACGAAGGAGCAUCACAACUGGACCCGUCAAGACUGGAACAAGAUUCUGUGGUCCGACGAAAGCAAGUUCCUCCUCUUCGGGAGUGACGGAAUUCAGUGGGUUCGUAGACCAAUUGGGUCCAGAUAUCAUCCGAAAUACCAAUUACCCACCGUGAAACAUGGUGGAGGUUCUUGCAUGGUGUGGGGCGCCUUCUCUGGAAGUGGCAUCGGACCGCUUCAUCGCGUGAACGGCAUCAUGGACAAGCACGUCUACAAAGACAUUCUCCAGAACCAGAUGUUGCCGCACUUGAGAGCCAUGGGCCGUGGGAGUGUUUAUCAACAGGAUAACGAUCCCAAGCACACUUCACUGUUCGUCAAGGUGAGAAAAAUUGACAAGUAAUUCGUAUGGUUUUGAAACUCAGGACUGGUUCAAGAGCCGUCGCGUCAAUGUCAUGGGGUGGCCAAGUCAAUCUCCGGACCUGAACCCGAUCGAACAUCUCUGGGAAGAGUUGGAGCGACGUUGUGCCAACAAAAGAGCCAAGAAUUGCAACGAGAAGUUUGCUCAACUGCUGUCUGAAUGGAAUCAGAUCCCCAUGUCUACCAUCGACACUUUGCUCAAUUCUAUGCAGAGAAGAUGCCAGGCAGUGAUUGACGCCAGGGGCUUCGCAACCAAGUACUAG